CUCAGCCAAACCCUAUUCUAAAAUUGGAUACAAUUCUUUGGCAACUAAUAUCAUUUUAAUUUCAGUUGUUCAAAUCUUGUCCCGGCGUUAUAUCGCUGCAUCCAUCCUGCUCCCUGUCACCUUUAACUUCAAAGAAACCCGCCCCGUCCCGUCCUUAAAAUACCGAAUAUAGUGAGUGAGUGAAUAUGGGGCUAGUGUUGUCCGCCAUCAUUUCGUAUGCCGGCGUCCUCGAGGCCAUCGAGUGCCUGCGACACAUCCUGGCCGGUGUGCUGCCCGACACAGACCCCGACUUCCAGGACCUCGUGGUAUACUACUCCGGCCUGCUCCACAAAGCGGCCAAAACAGCUAACAGCAGCGACUGGACGACGCGAUGCGGACAGGGCUACCUCUGCCUCACACAAGAUGAUAACGGAAAAUUAACCCGAGCCGCCGUCAAGUACUACGACGGACAGCCCGAUUCCACAGCCAUACUUUUCUCAACGAAAAUCUCUAGCUUCGGCCAGGAGUCGGUCGAAAGCAACAGCUCCCACGCCAACGGCGACUACAGGACUGAAAGGUAUACACCGACGCGAACGAAAACUAUCAUUACUAACGCGUCAGAGUCUUUCAGUGUGGGAAACAGAAACAGAUCACCAGCGUCUUGUGAAAAUAUUUCAGAUCCAAAUCAUUUUUUGGGAAAUUCUUCCGGGCGUGACGAACGCUCCACAGAGAGAUCAGAGGCCAAAGAGAAACUCACUUGGCAUUACCGCCCUAAGAGCCCCACCCCACAAAACCUGCCCGAUAUACAAUUCCAUUCUUCAGUCGACGAGGAUAUCAGAAGCAACGAAGCCUACAGCGAAGAUUUUUUAAGAUCACUUGACGGAAUAAAGCUCCGACCGUUGCAACGAAGCGACCCGAGUGGCAGGCGUAGAAGUUUCAAAAAGCGUCACUCUUCGUCGUCGACCUCGUCGCGCGAGUCGCGUGCGUCGCGCGAGGAGGAACUAAAGAUGUUCACGUCACUCGAGGAAGCUGAGUUCGAACGCAUGACACUGGAGCGCGAGCAGGGCUCUCCUAAUCUAGGUUCUCAUUCCAGAAGUCGCUCGAGGGAGAACUCGAGGGAGGAUCGAUCUACCCAAGUAAACGCGGUAGACAGCGUGUUGGCCGAGGACGAGCCGCUGCUCAAGCCGAAGCUGAAAGACCUGCCCAAACUCGGCUCCUUCGAAGAAAAAGAGGAGAAAGAGACAGAGGUAAACGAGGAAGAGGCAGAGAUAGACGAUUUCUGGGGGUCCGGGGAUUAGAGGUCUAAAACGCCGCACGCUGUAACGAGCUUCGAUAAGCAUGACUGAAUUUCGAAAUUAAACUUUAUGAUUCCCCCUUG